UCUUCUCCGUUACACAUCUCUCGGGCUUUCGGACUCGGUUCUGACUGUGCUGGUGCUGCGUCGUGUUGUUUGUUUGAGCGAGUUCGAAUGUUUUCGCUGCUUUUUGGCGGUUUCUCAUCGAGAUUUGUUAGGACGAAGUGGUUUGUCGCUUGCAGGCGUGCAAGUCUCCGCUAGGUGCACUGUCGAAGCGACACAGGGCAUCCGUGUGUUCUACCUGCUAAAAUAUAUGUAGUAUAUUCACACUCACUCGCACUUGUGAAGUGUUCCGAUUGACGGACCAGGAUGAUGCUUCUGAACAGGUGACCUUGCCGCGAGAAGAUUGUGUGUAUAAAUCAUAUGAUGAUAGGAUUUUAUUUGGCAAAUGGGUGCUGAUGGAUUUGUGGAGAUAAUUUGUGUAACCUGAUUCGUUUAGAACUUCGCGAACUGCAUCGCCAGCGGGAAAAAAAAGGUCCAUGCUGAUGAGGUAACCUCGAAUGCAUGCUACAGCGUGUCGGAUUGAGCCCUUGUUGCUACGAACGACUAAUUAUUAGUGGAUUAGUGUCACAACUUCAGCUAGCUCGUACGCUUGCCAUGUACCGAGUGGACCUCCGUGUGCUUCGGUGAAGUGGUCUCAGUCGGAACGUCACGUGCCUUGCUGCUUCGCGUUAAGUUUCCCAAGUGUCGUGUACUACGCGGCAACGGUCAUCCGACAGUGGAUAAAUUGUUCUUUAUUUGCUUGUACUGGCAUCUUCAUUACAUGGUGUUACAUUUCAUUAUGUUGUACAACGACUGAUCCUCGGCGUUGUCGUCGGCAUCGUUUCAGCCGUCGUCACAAAAAAAAAAAAAAACACAACAACCAUUCAGCUGAGCAAGUGCCCAAGCACAGGUGCGUAGCACAGCGUCGUGCAGGAGUGUGUGUUGAAACAAGCUGAAGUGAUUGCCAACAACAUUAUCUCGCGGUGUGCGAGGAGAUUUAUUUACUGGCGCUGGCACUAGGCACUCCGCAUGCUGGAUGUUGUAAGGCUAAUGAGCAAACCAAUUCCAAACAACAAGUAGAUAGAUGAUAGUGACCGAGAAGAAAGUGAUACUUUUCACGUGUGCAGAUCUAGAUCUUAGCACGGGUACGGCCGCUGCCGCCGGUAGAUCUUGUCUCGGUAGGCUGCCGAAAAUAUUCAGCCGUGUGUUUAAUUAACAAGCGUUUUUUUUGUGUGAUCGCUACUUCUCCCUCGUGUAGUUCUUUUUUUUUCGUUUGGUUUCGCGAGUGGAACCAUCGUGAGCCUGCAAAGACUUAAGCUUGAGCUGUCACUUCCUGGAUAGAGUUAGUUUACCAACUGGGCUGCGAACAAGAUGAACCAGCAGUGUAAGGUGUGCGGUGAACCAGCCGCUGGGUUUCAUUUUGGAGCGUUCACCUGCGAGGGUUGCAAGUCAUUCUUCGGUCGCACGUACAACAAUUUGUCAUCAAUAUCGGAAUGUAAAAACAACGGCGAAUGUGUCAUCAACAAGAAAAACCGAACGGCCUGCAAGGCGUGUCGCCUUCGCAAGUGCUUAGUGGUGGGAAUGUCCAAAAGCGGAUCCCGAUAUGGACGCCGAUCGAAUUGGUUCAAAAUUCAUUGUUUACUGCAGGAGCAACAGGCGCAAAAGAACAGUAAUAAUAACAACAAUAGCCUGACCAGCAACAAUAACGAUACCGGAAGCAGCCUUAAUAACAGCAGUAGCAACAAUAACAACAGUAUAGGACACAACAACACCUCGGGACUCCUACCGAACGGUUUCCUACCAGCCAACUUUCUUUCGAAUCUCUGCAAUAACAAUAACAACAAUAACAAUAACAACAUACCACUGAAAAAAGAAAUCAAAAGACCCAGUUCUCCCAGUGACUCGGGAGCCUCUUCAGCAGACACCGAAGACAGUCCCGUCUUAAGAGAUCCUUUCGCUGGCAGCAUCCGUGCCGCUGUCUCUCCCAAGGUUGAAGUUCCCGAAGUGACGCUUACCAAGAUCAGUCCCAAGAUCACCCGAACCCCAUCGUCGUCGUCAUCCUCAACGAUAACCACUACCGAAAGCUUUCGACCGGCGCUGGAUCGGAUGUCACCCUUUCUUUCACACCACGGGUCAUUCCGGUCGGAAGCCGCCCCCUACUUUCCGAUGCCUUUCACCAUUCCUCCAGUAUCGCUAGCGUUGAUCGCAUCCGGGAAACACGAUCAUGAGCAGCACGAACCGAUUGAUCUGUCGAUGAAAUCAAAAUCGUCCUGUUCGUCAGAGUCCCCACUCAGGCCGGGCUCGUUGUCACCCUCUGCAGUUGAAACAGCCGCUUCAAGGGAUCAUCCAUCACUGGAAGCCACCAUUUCACGUCCCGUUCCACUGGACUUGACAUUUGGGCGGUCAAAAUCGCUCUCUGGAUGAUACAAGUGCCUAGUUGCAACUUGAACUACACUUUUCAAAAUGUGAUUGAAGUUUUACUGUUUGCUGUUUUAGAAUCAUUUGUACUAUUAGCUAUCUAAGAUUAGGUAGAGCCAGAUUCGACAAAAAGUGCCAAAUUGCCUCUGGAUGAGUUCUCCAAAUUCAGUUAAAGAGAAGUAGUCCUCGCAUUUAAACAACAUCCAAGGAGGAGUGCACUUUUGCCUUAAAGUACUUAAAAGUAGUAUUUUGAACCCUUUUAUACCGACGGCCAGUUGAAGUUGCUGUGUCAUAGUUAGAACCAGUAUCGAAUGUAUUCAUCCGAAAUAAAAUACACGAAGCACCUAUUCCGUACAGUAUAUAGUUAGUAAGGGACGUAAGAGCCAGUAAAGAGAAAGAGAACUUUGUUGGGGUGUUACUUACUACACAUUCCAAAAUAGCCAGCCAGUUUUAACCGAUGGUGCCAGAUGAUAUUGUACAAAUUACCCAUAUACUCACAAACGGUUCUCAACUACAUAGGCGACUAAAAAACGCAGAGAUUUCACCUAACGGGCGAUUCAUCCCGUCCAACAAUGCAUUUGUUUUAGCUGCAGGGCCUCGGCAGAGCUCUGCAUUAAUAGGUUUAGUUUUGAAUGAUUUAACUAAGUGUUGUUACUUCUUACUUUUAUUAUUUAUUGACUGUACUUCAACCAGCAAUCCUCACUACUGUCAUGUAAAGUGUGCUGUAUUCAUUUUGCUUUAGUCCUCUAGUGUUUUGUUUGUUUUCUGACUUCUCAUUCUGUACAAAGUUUUUAUUUUCUAAAUGUUUAGCGAAUUUUAGCACUUUAGUCAUGUCCGUAUUUAUAAAAAUAUGUCAACUUUCUGAGGAAUAAAAAUUUUGUUUCAGUUUUA